AUGGAAAUCAAGAGCUUGAAUUCCGUCAUCGAGGAGUUGAAGGAGACGGUGGACAUCAAGCAAGCUGACUUGGACAAUUUGAAAUCUCAGUUGGAGUUCACCAAUACCAAAUCCACACAAUUGCAGGCCCAAAUUCAGCAAUUACAGACGGCCCACGACACUCAGGUACAGAAGUUGAACACUUCCAUCAGCAAUUUGACGGAGGAGAAAGAAGUGGUCCAGGCCAGUUUACAGGAGUCAGCUGCGCGAAUAGUCGAGUUGGAAACCAGCUUGGAAAAGAUCAAAGUGCUUGAGAAGGAAGUGGAAACAAGGCAGAUUCUAUUGGGAAAGGCCCGUCACGAAGCAGUGAUUUUGAAUGAGCAUUUGGGUAAGGCGCUAGGGAUGUUGAAACAACAGCUGAAUAGUGUCGAUAAUACCAUUGACAAAGAGCUUAUUUCAAAUGUGUUGAUCAACUUUCUCCAGAUUCCAAGAGGCGACACCAAGAAGUACGAGGCGUUGCAGUUGCUCAGCUCGUUGUUGGAGUGGGACGAGUCCAAACGUGUGGCCAGUGGCCUAAGUCACCAUCAGCAGUCAGGCGAGCCUCGAGGUAGAGAGAGCUUUAUCUCACUCUGGACCGAUUUUCUCGAGCGGGAAAGCACCAAGAAGUGA